ACCUCCAAUUCGGUGCCCGGUCAACCUCCCUGUAUGUUCCCUCUUCUCUUUACUCAGCCAAACAGACGUAAAGCUUUUUGCCGCGCCGAUCAAGGAUCAUACAAUCAAGCGGACUAGAAAGCGCCCUGUCAUGUAGAUCCAGCAUUAUGGGAUAACCUGCGGAAGUGGAUCGCAAAUUCCUUGAGCAAAAUGUCUGAAUCGUUCGUUACCAGCUUUGCAUGCCUGUACAUACAGCGAGCAGCGAUCUGAAAAGAUAAGGCCAUUCUGCUAAAUCAACACUGCUUACUGCGCCUUGAGGUUUAGUGAAGGGUGGUUAUAAAAUGGAGAACUCAAUGGCACUAUCGAAACUUAAAGAGGAAGUCAUCCCAGUGCCAUCAUAUCUUCCCGGGGAGAUUAUGGUGGCACGGGCAAGGAACGUGCUCCGCUUCAGCGCAAUGGCUGGAACCAAGUCUGGUGUCUCUGGCACACUGUACGUAACUAACUUCCGAGUGUCUUUCCUCGUGGCCAGCUCAGCUGUGGAUACUCCACUGAGCUCAGUGUUCCAGUCUAAUCCGGAUCUCACACAGGGAGGGAUGAAUGCAGAGAUUCAACAAGAACUGCACAUUCCUUUGACUUGCAUCCUGGAAUUAAGUUAUAGUACCUCCAAAUCAAGCCCCAAACUGAAAAAACUGAUGGCCGGUAAAAAGGUGUCUAGUAGGAUUCAAGUAAUCCAAGUUCAGUGCAAGGAUUUCAGAGUGCUGCAAUUUGGCUUCAAGUUCACACCUAAAGAGGAGCUACCCCUUAUCACAAAUGCUCUUGGACAUUACGCAUUUCCUUCAUCAGUGUCUUUGCUGUUUGCAUUUCAGCACAGCCUAGCACUCAAGACUGAAAAAAGAGACAGCUCUGUGUCUGGUGUCAUACCCACGUUCAGGACUCUACCUGAUUGGCUAAACGAGCUGUCCAGACUUAAUGUGGAUGACACCUGGAGAGUUGCUUUGGUAAACGAGAAGUUCCACACAUGCCCAACGCUUCCACAGAGGUUUGUUUGCCUGGCAUCGUUAACAGAUUCAGAUGUUAACCGCAUGUCGCUGCACUACGAAGAGUCUAGGUUUCCUCUCUGGUGUUGGAGUCACCCAAAGACACGAGUACCCAUCAUGCUUAGCGCUUCAGGAAGACCAGAAAGUAUAUUCCUGGAAAAAGAAGAGACUUCACUCUUUCGAGCGCUGUCUAGCAUACCUGCUAACCCCGAGCACAAAGACGUCAAAGUGGUAGACCUCUCCAAGAUUGGCCCGUCCAUUCAACAACUUUCACAAAGUUAUUUACGUGUACGGGAGCUCUGUGUACUAGAUACUACCAAGAACUUCUGGAGUAUCGAUCCUCACUGGCUUUCCAGCCUUGACAAUAGCAGAUGGCUGGCUUCAGUUCGCACCUCCAUAUCAACCGCUGUAGAUGUCUGCAAGGCAGUUUGCGAGGAAGGUCGACCUGUCAUCGUGAAAGAAGCAAGCGGUCGUGACUUCGUGCUGGUGGUUUGCUCGCUUGCUCAGCUGAUGCUCGACCAGUACUACCGCAACAUCCGCGGAUUCCAAACUCUGAUCCAGAAGAUGUGGGUCCUGGGAGGCCACCCUUUCAUGAAGCGUUGCGGCCACAUCAAGCCAAACGAGAAGUCGGAUGCGGAUAAGCAGGAAAAUGAGGAAUCACCUGUGUUCCUCCAUUUUCUGGACUGCGUGUACCAGCUGAUCACUCAGUUCCCCUCUGAGUUUGAGUUCUCGGAAACCUACCUUUUAGGGAUGUUGGACAGCAUGCACGCCUGCUUAUUUGAUGAAUUUCUAUUCGACUGCGAGCAUCAGAGACAGAAGUACAUAAAUUCUGAAUUUGGGGGUGCGCCCAUGGCAUCCUUGUGGGACUUCUUAGCUGAACAGUUAUCAGAUUCCCAAAACACGGCCGCUUUUAUUAACCCCUUGAAUGAGUUCAAGAGGCUUUCUAGUAAAAAUCCGAUGAAUGGCGACAACGAAAUCGAGGAGAUAUACAGCAGGGUUAAUCCCACAGCUCCUGCCAUGAAGUUCUGGUCGGGAUGCUAUCUCCGAUGGCUACCGACGGUUCACCUAAGUAUAGGAAUGGGCGAGAACUCGUCCUUGCACAUGCAGCAAAUGAUCGUUAUGAACGAGGUCAAGUUCCUCACUCACAAGGUCGCGGUCCUGAAUAGCGAAAAGCUCGGAUCCAGAGAGCAGGGACACGGAGAGACAUCCGAUACUACAGACUGGGGCUUAGAGUUCAACUUUAGUUUAGAUCUCGAGACAAGUAAACUUUUGACGCCAAGUAUGCCGUUCAUCGGGGAUCUUGCUCUGAGCAAUUACUACUCUGGACAGAUUCCCCAGCCGGAUUUGGACAAGUCUGUCGAUGUUGGGCAGUUCUAGUCUUAACAAUGGCGAUACAAGUCUGUCGAUGUUGGGCAGUUCCAGUCUUAACAAUGGCGAUACAAGUCUGUCGAUGUUGGGCAGUUCUAGUCUUAACAAAGGCGAUACAAGUCUGUCGAUGUUGGGCAGUUCUAGUCUUAACAAUGGCGAUACAAGUCUGUCGAUGUUGGGCAGUUCCAGUCUUAACAAUGGCGAUACAAGUCUGUCGAUGUUGGGCAGUUCUAGUCUUAACAAUGGUGAUACAAGUCUGUCGAUGUUGGGCAGUUCUAGUCUUAACAAUGGCGAUACAAGUCUGUCGAUGUUGGGCAGUUCUAGUCUUAACAAUGGCGAUACAAGCCUGUCGAUGUUGGGCAGUUCUAGUCUUAACAAAGGCGAUACAAGUCUGUUGAUGUUGGCCAGCUGUAGUCUUAAAGGCGAUACAAGUCUGUCGAUGUUGGUCAGUUAUAGUCUUAACUAUGGCGAUACAAGUCUGUCGAUGUUGCUCAGUUAUUCUUAUCAAUUACGACGAGUCUGUGGAUACUGGGUUAUUUUAGUGUUAACUAUAGCGAGAAAAUAAUGUUGGACAGAGAUAAAACUACGAAGCUUGAUGAGAUUUGUCAACUGUGGUUCGGUGCCUGAGGGAUGUGAACGUUCUUUUUCUGCGUUCCUCUCCUGCGCAUCAAACAUACAGACGCAACAUACAGAGGCGGAGGCUCAGGACUCAUCACCGACGCAAUAACGAGCUCAACGACGUGGAAAUCUUGUUGGCAGUUCAUCGACCCAUGAUAUACAUAGGACACAGUAGAUAGAUAUUUUAAAGUUUUUAAUUCAUUUGAGUAUCAGAUACCAUCAUCGUUAACAAGCUCAACAGAACUACCAAUGGAUAUUAGAAUCCUCAUCUGACUUUUUACCAGAGCCUCUAUUCUCUCAACCAUAUCUAUUUGGUUACUGGACACUGUACAUCUUUGCCUUUAUUGGUAAUUUUCCAUAUAUCAAUAUAGACGGAAACUGUAGUUGUUUGGUUUAAAGAGUUGGAAGUAACGAUUCUUUUUACUACCAAUGGUUCUUGACUGCGUUCAUUAAAAAUAUUUAGACAUCAAAUUUUUAAAUAUUAUAAAUAGUUUCAUAAUUGAUUAAUAAAGUAGAUACAACUAGA